GAUAAGUCAGUUUGUGUUGGUUGUUGUUGUGAUAAUUAUCGGCUCACAUAAUUAAUCCAAAAACUUGAGAGCUUUCCAUUUUUUUAACAGAUAAAGAAAACUCGUCGGGGGGAUCUCUAGGUGUUCGCCUUUUAGAUUCCUAAAUAAAUCGUAUAACCAAAGAAGCCAAAGUCUUUGGAUUGAUAUAAAUCGACCAAAUCCAACAAUCAGGGUGGCUUGAGAAAACGAAAGUCUGAGGUUUGGUGGGUAUUGUAAAGAAAUGGCGAAUCUGUAUGUGAAAGCGGUGCCACCAGCGGAUCUGAAUCGGAACACGGAGUGGUUUAUGUACCCAGGAGUAUGGACUUCCUAUAUUCUAUUCCUCUUCUUCUCGUGGCUCCUUGUUCUCUCCAUCUUCGGUUGCUCUCCUGGCAUGGCUUGGACCAUCGUUAAUCUCUCCCACUUCCUUGUCACAUACCACUUCUUUCACUGGAAGAAAGGAACCCCAUUUGCUGAAGAUCAAGGGAUUUACAAUGGCUUGACUUGGUGGGAGCAGAUAGACAAUGGAAAGCAGCUUACUCGUAACAGAAAGUUUUUAACUGUUGUACCUGUUGUUCUGUACCUGAUAGCCUCGCAUACAACAGACUACCAACAUCCUAUGCUCUUUUUUAACACACUUGCAGUGAUUGUGCUUGUCGUUGCCAAGUUCCCCAACAUGCACAAAGUCCGGAUAUUUGGAAUCAACGCAGACACGUGAGUGGGCCUCCCCUUAAGAAUAAUUGGUUUUGCAGGCUAGAAAGCCACCACUCCUUCCCGUCUGUUAAAAUGGGUAUACCUUUGUAUAGGAGGAUAUUUUGAAGGUGUAAUGUUUUUUUCUGCUAAGUUUGCUGACUACAUUUACAAGCUCUCUUAGAUCAUGAAUGAAUAAUGAGUGUAUUUAUCUUUGUACAGUAGAGAAAUUUAAUGUAUGUGGAAUAUCAUUAUCCUCUUA